ACAUACUUAAAAAACAUUAAAUGUCAAGCCAAGUGAUUUGUUUAUUAUCUUUCUUCAUUCAUUUUAGAAAUAUGUUUUACUGAUUGUUAAACGUUUUAGUGAACCCAGAGAUUAUCGUAACAAGUAUAUAUAAAGAAAAAUGUUCAAAAGACCCAAGCCCGGUGAUGAUGAAAAUGAAAUUCUCAGAAUGCAGGAAGAAUUCCUACGGGAAAAAAGCAAGAAUCAAAAUUUACAACCAGCGGCUCAAGUAACUAAUUUACGACCAACAGAGGCAACGAAAAGGGUAACCAGCGAUACAAGAAAGCCUUCAAAGUACGCGCAAUCGAAAGGUCUUAAGAACCAUGAAGAAAAACGAGUUAAUUUUGAAGGAAAUUCUAGUUUCGACAUCAGUGCAAUGGUAGGUGAUAUAAUUGAAAAGAACAACGAGGAAAUCUCUGAUUCGAAGGAAACUUUAACAGAUGAUGAUAAAGUAUACUACCCUAAAGUGAUCCCAUCCAUUUUAGGAAAUAUCAUAGAAAAGAACAUGGGUAGUUUUGUGGAUUUUGAUUUGCCUAUGCCAGCUCAAGGGUUUCCUGAAGUUCUCAAGCGGGACCCUGUUCUAACUCCCGGCAAAAGGCCUGCUACGGUCUCAAAAGCAGCUAAAAUUGCAAGAAAAGAAUUACCAAUGAUGGAAGUUGAUGAGUCUUCUCCAUCAACCACACAAACUAAUAAAGAAGAAAACUUAUCUGAACCUAAAAAUCUACCUACAAAAAGCUAUAUACUAUCAUCAAGUGAAUCAGAUGACAUUCACAGUGAGAAUGUAAACACAUUGAGUAAAUUAUCUGAAAAAGAAAUUUUGGAAGAACAAAAGAAGUUGAUGUCAAGCUUAGAUCCAAAAUUAAUAGAAUUUAUUAAAGGUAGACGGCAAAAAUCAUCUACAGAAGCAAAUACAACAUCACCAAUUAUUGCUCUUGAAAUAAAAUCAAAAAUUGUAGAAGAAAAUAUGGACACUGAUGAAUCACGAAAUAAUUUGCCUAUAGAAAAUGAUUAUCUUUGGGAGAAUGACAUUCUCUCUCACCCGGGAGUAAAUAAAUGGCUCCAUUUUGACACUUUUGAAAAAGAUAAGUUGCAGUGGAUGAGAGGCAUUGAAGAGAGUAAAAAAAUAAGACCAGAUGAGCCUUAUGAAGCAAGAUUUAAUUUUAACGGAUACUUGUUGCCUUACUCAAUGGAAUACACGGAGAAAACAAAAACACUAUUCCACCACGGAGAAGAACCACACAGACCUGGUUACACAUUAUCAGAACUAUUUGAAUUGUCAAGAUCAGCGGUCCCACAACAGAGAGUCUUGGCUUUGAAUACAAUUGCCGGAAUACUAGAAUACUACAGUACAGGAACAUACAAGGAUAUUCUUGAAAUACCUUUGAGCAAAAUAUUUUUUGUCAUCCGAUAUGCCAUGGACGAAAAUAAAGUUCUGGUAUUAGAGCCAGCGUUGAAAGCAAUGAGGAAUUUAGUCUACAAUCGAAUUGAUGAAGCCAGUUUGGAUGCCUUGCUCGGCUUUGGCGAAGGGUUACAGCAGCCAUGUUUAGAGAAUGACAAAUCAGAAAUUCAAGAUAUGGAGUCAAAAGAAUCAGAAUUAAAAGAUUUCCAUUUGGCAGAAAUAGAUAUUAUUGCUGCUCUGUUGAGAACUGAUAUACUUCAGAGAUUAUUUUACAUUUUGGAGACUGUUAAGCCUAGUUUCAACUGUGUUCAGUACUCUUUACAAAUAUUGACCCGUCUAGUCAGGGACUCCAUUGAGACUGCUACCAAAAUCAUUGACACGGAUCACUUGAUGCAAAGUAUUAUUCGAAAUUUCCUUCCAGUUAGCAGUUUGAGCUUUUCUUUUGUUCCACACAUAGUAUACAAUGGCAAACCAAUCUUGGCUGCACUUAAAUUUUUGAGAAUUCUAUCUCUUCAGUGUAUAGAAAUUGGAAAUAUUCUAGUAGAGAAAUAUGAAAUACUGAAACCAAUAUCAGAGUAUAUUAGCUCUGGUGUAGAUGGUACUUACGGACUGAGAAUACAAAUAGAAGCAUAUAGCAUUCUGUCUAAUUUACUGCAGUACAAUCUUGGUAUUGAUAAAGCUAUGUCCCUGUCUCCUGUGAUUAUUACGACACUUUAUAAACAUGUUAAAGGUACAGAUAUCUUUGUCAAAGCUCCAGUAAUCACUGCCACUCAUGCAGCUGUUGUUCUGCAAUUUGUCAAUAAGGUUUUAGGCUGUUAUAGGGUAAAUAGAGAUCCUUUCAAGAGUCAAGUUUAUCCUCUAUUGAAGGAAGGCAUUCAGAAGUGGCUUGCACAGUUGGCACAUUCUGAAAGCUACACUUGUGGGCAUCUCCGUCUCAUUUGUUCAGCCUUAGACUGCUGUAAAACUGUGUUGAUGAUUGAAAGAGUCCCAUUAAAGUUUCUCAGUGACUCUCUAAAAGAUCUAUCUGCAUCCAACGGAUUCAAGGAGGUAGUAAAUAAUUUGGUACCCUCUUCAAAUCUGUUAUCAGGAAUAGAAAAUAGAGAUCUCCAUUACACAAAGAAUUUAAAAUGCCUUGGUACGUCUGUUAUAGAUUCGGCACAAAAAGUGUUGCCGAUUCUAAAUCCGUGUUCUCCUCUGCCGUUUCUGGCGUCGCUGCUUGACGUAUUAAGGUUGAUGGAGGACAAAGAAGCGUGCAAAUAUCUAAUGGAACAUUUCUCAGCCUAUCUCAGGAAUAUGGCGAAUCAAUUCCCAAGUUUAUGUGACAACUGGUUCACUAGAAUCGAAACGGAUUUCUUAUUUAGCCUCGUCAAAAUUGCAGUUUUAAACGAUAUAUCGGAUCUGAACAAAGACCUUAUAUACAUCGUUUCCAGCAAACUCUGCUAUAUUUUAAGGAUCGAUAAGAAGUAUGAACUGGAAUUUGUAUUUAAUACUGUGAUUUUCAAUAAGAAUUGGUUCACAACUGAAAGACUGUUCAAUAUGCUGUCGUUGUCUGAUGCAGAGAACUUCUCCAAAGCGGUAACUUCAAUAGGAGAUAUAAAACUGUGUUACCGCAGAGUAAUCAAUUUGAGCUACAGGGACAUAGGCCCUAAUGUCGUUUUGAGGAUGUGGCAAGAGCCGAUUCUACCCAGGGACUGGAUUUACCUGCCCAUAUUAAUGUUGUACAGUAAGAGUCAGGAAGCCGAAGAAACACAUCGAGCUGGCGACACUACAGCUACAUCACAAAAGGAACUGAUAAUAACUUGCAGUUUAGAAUGGAUUCUGUUCAAUGAACUGUGUUUCUCCGAUCUUCUCCAAGACAUGAGUAUAACAGAUAGAUUCUGCCGCGUCAUGUGCGUGUUUUUAUGCGACAACUCCUUAUUUCUCGAAGCAAACAUCAAGGUUUUGCUGCAGAAGUGUAUUCAAACUUUGUUUAAAAGUAGAGCUGGUUUCGACUUCGACAGAGAGCUGACAGGAUUGCAAAACUUCCAAGAUUUUUAUACUCAGUUUCUGGAGCAGUUCCAGUCUGUAAGUUAUGGGGAUCACACAUUUGCUGCGUGCGUUCUGGUUCCGUUGGCACAACGGCAUAAUGUUAAAUGGAGGAAAUUGGUAUGGUCUGAAUACGCUGGGUGUUUACGCGCCCUCGACUGCCCUGAAGACCUUCUCUGUUACGAAAUUAAGGACUAUCUUUAUCCAGAAGAAACAGACGAGUCUCUACUAAGGUCAUACGUCCAUGCUCUGAACAGCAACUUGUUAAGACCACACACAAUAGCGCACAGGAUAGCUCACCACCACGUCGAAAGUUUUAAAAAAAGGACAAAUUCUGUAAAUAAUGAUAGUAAUAAGCAAUAAUUAUUGUAUGGAAUAAAAAUUUUCAAUACCAUUUAA